UUCUCUUCAGAGUUCGACCAACACAAAGACAAUGAAACCAGCAGAGAACGAGGAGGGUAUUCUGGAGGAAGAGAAAGAAGGUAUUCUGGAGGAAGAGGUGGAUCUUAUUCUGGAGGAAGAAAAGGAAGGUAUUCUGGAGGAAGUGGACGCAACCAUCAUCGGCCACAAAGAGGGGCUCAGAGCAUGUCGGACUUGAACGCAGACAGCGUUAAUGAUCAGUCAACAGGAAGAAAUGGCCAGAGAACUAGCCUAAAGAGGCGGGAACAUCCCAUAGGUUAUAAAGUGUUGGAAGGAAUGCUCGGACUGUUCCCUGAUGAGGUGGUGAUGAAGCUGUUGAGGGAGAAAUCUGGGUAUGAUCUGCUCAUUGAUCAGGACGAUGAUGUUAAGCCGGACAAAAUGUUCCUAUUAAUAAAAGUCUUGUCCCAUGCAUCAGAGACAAAGGCGAACCGAGAAAACCUGUAUAUCCUCCUAAGCAAAACUUUUAAGACUAAGUUCAUCAAUCAGCUGGUAAAGUUUUCUCUAACCUUUGGAUUACAACAAGGUAAUGAGAAUGGCAAUAUAUUUUAUGAUAAGCUGUGGAAUGUUCUGCAUGUUUAUGGGAAUGUCAUGCCCAGUCUGGCUGCUGACCUUCUCCCCGCAGUGUUCGAAAGCUGCAUCAUGGUUCUGCAAAGGAUGUCGACUUCCUCUCCGGACAGAAAGUCGAUUCUGAAUAAGUACAGAGAAACAAGAGUUUUCCUUGAACAACACAAAAAAACUCUGCAGAUGUCUGGACAUGCACAGAAAAAGACAAGACAGCGACACACAUGUGAAGAUAAUCUUCAACCACCUGAAGAUUUCCGGGAACUAUCCAUCUUGCCCACAGCUCAAGAUCUUAACGACACGGAAAAGCCAUUUCUUCGGAGGAAUAUUGUUGAGGGGAAAUACUUGGAUGUUAAUCACUACCUGGAUGUUCAGUUCCGUCUACUCAAAGAAGACUUUGUGAGGCCCCUCCGAGAAGGCAUUAAUGCAUAUAAAGGAAAGUCACUCUCUCAGAACAGAGAUAUUUGGAUCUACAAGGAUGUAAGAAUUGUUGGAUCUGAGAUGAUGAAUUUUGAGAUGAUAUUUUACAUACAACUAAAUCUACCACAAAUGUUCAAAAUAGAAAGUUCAAAAAGACUGCUCUUUGGUAAUCUAUUGUGUUUCAGUAGAGACAAUUUUUGCAAUCUGAUUUUUGGAUCAGUAUUUGAUCGAAAACCAGAAAAGUUAAAAAAUGGAAUAAUUGGUGUGAAGUUUGAGUCAAAUAUUGGUGGAGUAAGUGAUUCAGUGUUCGUCAUGGCGGAGUCAAGAUCAUACUUCGUGGCCUAUAAGCAUGUUCUUAAUGCUCUCCAGGAUAUCACAGAGGACUCAUUCCCAAUGGAGUACUUUAUAGUUAACGUUCAUUCAUAUAUGGUGACCCCAAGCUACGUAUCUCAACGCUCAGUGUAUGAUCUUAAUGUGAUGAGAAGCUCCAGUAUGAUGAAAGAGUCAGAGGCUUGCAGUAAACUGUUUCAGAAUGCUAAAAGAACUAUAAAACAGCACCCUAAAUACUUGCCGAGUCUUGCAGCAGUGAGAGUGUUGCGUGAUCUUCAGAACUGGCCCACUGAAGAUGAACUUGGCUUAGAUGCAUCUCAGCGGCGUGCACUUAAAAGUGCUCUUGUCAGCAAACUUGCAAUUAUCCAAGGACCACCAGGUACUGGAAAGACUUUUAUGGGUCUAAAAAUUACUCAGGUGCUUCUUCACAACAGUGAAGCCUGGAAGAAUGAGGAUCAACCUUCCCCUAUAUUAGUCGUGUGUUUUACUAACCACGCUCUUGAUCAGUUUCUGGAGGGAAUGAGCCAAUACACAGACAGUAUCGUGCGAGUUGGGUCAAGAACCAAGAGUGAGAUCGUUGAUCGAUUUCAGAUAAACCAACUUGUUAAGACUCUCCGAUCACAGAGAGCACUUCCAGCUGAUGUGCACGAAAUGAACAAACAGUUACUCGGGCAGGUGAGAGAGUUGGAAUCAAAAGUUUUAGCUUGGAGAAAGGCCAGUCAAGAACUUUCCUCACCAAGAGGAAUCUUGAAGCUCGAUUUUUUCUCUUCAACUGGCAUUAUUCCUGAUGGAGCACUUAAAGAUAUCAAGAUUAUAGGCAUCCAAGACUGGCUUCUCGACCAGAAAGUGUGUGAAGAAUCUGGCAUGGCACAAUUUGCCUCUGGGAGUAAAGACACCAACCCGACAAACACAAACACUGAAUCUAGACAAAAUAAAGCCUUAUGGCAGGAUGCUGAAGAUCUUUUUGCUGUUGAAGAGCGCGACAGGAUGUUGGAUGACGUGGACCUUGUAGAUCACUCGAACACAGGCGUCACAAUUCAAGAUAUACUUGGUUAUGUAAUAAAAGCUGAAUCGCUGGAGAGAGAAAUAGAAGUUCUCGCAAGUUAUAACACAACCAGUGUCAAUAAUCCCGAAUCCAGAACACUCCAGUCAAAGUUAUAUUUCCUUCAGCUUGGCUUAAAGACUCCACCAAUUAAUGUAGAUAAAGUGAAAGUUCUUGAGGAAACUGAUGUUACGGACUUAAACUUUCGUAGCCGUUGGGCAUUAUACAGGCUAUGGUUGAGUAGGUUGUCUAUGAUGGUCAACAAGAAGUUAUUGAAAGCUGAGGACGAGUUUAAACGGGUGACUAAAGCCUGGCGAGAGAUAAAAGACCAAGAAUACCUUCACGUGAUGAGACACGCCUCAGUAGUGGGGAUGACGACGACGGGCGCCGCCAGCCACAGCAGUGUGGUCCAGGCUCUUCAACCACCCAUAGUGAUAAUUGAAGAGGCUGCUGAAAUUUUAGAGGCUCACGUGAUUACGUCCCUGACCGGCAACUGUCAGCAUCUUAUUAUGAUCGGUGACCAUCAGCAGCUUCAGCCGAGUGCAACAGUAUAUGAACUUGCUAAAAAGUUUGGAUUAGAGACUUCACUCUUUGAGCGCAUGAUAAAAAACAAUAUGGCGUACGAGACGCUGGAGUACCAGCACCGCAUGCGGCCUUGUAUCUCCCGCCUGCUGGUGCCCUCUAUCUACCCGAGCCUCAAGGACCACUGCUCGGUUCACCAGUAUCCUCACGUCAAGGGCAUCACCACUGAUAUCUUCUUUAUUGCUCAUUCUCAUCAUGAGAAAAAAGGUAAAGGUGACGAGAGCAACAGUCACGAGAAUGUCCACGAGGCUGAGCUGAUGCUGGCGUUGUGCCGCCACUUGAUGCUUCAGGGCUACAGCCCCUCAGACGUCACCAUUCUCACUCCCUACACUGGACAGUUCUUUCUUCUCAGGAAGGUACAACGCAAGUACCAGGUGUGUCACGCCGUGAGGAUAAGUGUAGUGGAUAACUUCCAAGGUGAGGAGAGUAAUAUUAUCCUCUUAUCGCUGGUACGCAGCAAUGAAGAGCAAAAAGUUGGGUUUCUAAGUUCUGAUAACCGCGUGUGUGUGGCGCUCUCCAGAGCCAAACACGGUCUGUAUAUCACUGGAAAUAUGGACCAACUGAGGAUGUCAAGCGACUUAUGGAAAAAGGUCGAGGCUGAUCUUUCUGCAGAUGAAUCUUUGGGUAAGUCGCUUACUCUGAGGUGUGAGAACCACAGAGACCAGAUGAUGUCAGUAACGACCGGUUUGGAUAUCCUGAGAAAGAGUCCUGAAGGAGGUUGCCUGAAGCCUUGUUCUUCAUCUCUGCCAAAAUGUGGUCACAGUUGUCCGAUGAUCUGUCAUAUUAGUGACAUGGAACACAGGGAAGUCAAGUGUCGACUACCCUGUCCAAAGACAUUGUGUGAACGGGAUCAUCCAUGCCCUGGUGAAUGUUGGGAAGCUUGUGAACCUUGUAGGGUACACGUGCCCAAGACUCUGCCCUGUGGGCACACUCACCGUGUCCUAUGUUGUGCCUUCAAUAAAGAAUUCAAAUGCCCAACAAUUGUUGAGAAAGAUAUACCAGCCUGUGAACACCGUGUCAAAAUGCCUUGUUUCAUGGCUCCAGAAAUGUUUACUUGUCCUGUUUCAUGUGCAAAACAGCUCGAGUGUGGUCAUACAUGCAAAAAAAAUUGCCAUGUUACAAAUGAUCCAGAUCAUACUUCUUACAAAUGUAAGGAACAAUGUUCUCGGUUACCGAAAGACUGCUCAAGGGACCAUUCUUGCAAGAUGCUCUGCCAUGAAGAGUGUAAAGUAUGCACCAUAAUAAUUAAGAAAAAGGCGGUCUGCGGCCAUCAGCACGAAGUUCAAUGUUGUGUGCCCAAAGAAGACAUAAAAUGUUACCAAAAAUGCAGGAAGAUGUUGGAGUGUGGUCAUCACUGUCCCAAGAAAUGCUUCGAGAAAUGUGGAGGAUGCCAAGUGAAAGUUAAGAAAGUGAUUCCUGACUGUAAUCACGAAAUGCAGGUUAUGUGCUGUAACGUCAACAACGAAGUAAACUGCCCAAUUGCUGUUGACAAAAUGAUACCAGGCUGUCGCCAUAGCGUCAAAAUGGCCUGUUACAUAAAGCCAGAAACACUUCCAUGUCCCACUACCUGCGACAUACGGCUUGAGUGCGGUCAUAAAUGCAUAAAGAUUUGCCAUAUUACAGAAGAUCCAGAUCAUCUUGAUUACCAAUGUAAACAACAAUGUACUCGCCUAUUAGAAGGCUGCUCAAAGGACCAUCCUUGUAAAAUGCUGUGCCAUGAGGACUGUAACAAGUGCACAAUUAUAAUUAAGAAAGAUGCAAUCUGUGGCCAUCAACACGAAGUUCAGUGUUGUAUUCCAAAGGAAGACAUAAAAUGUUACCAAAACUGCAGGAAGAUGUUGGAGUGUGGACAUCAAUGUCCGAAGAAAUGCGUCGAGAAGUGUGGAGGAUGCCAAGUGAAGGUCAAGAAAAUGGUUCCUGACUGUAAUCACGAAAUACAGAUUGAAUGCAGCCAACCACCACAUAAGUCAGAGUGCAAUGGCCCAUGUGUGCUUCAACUUGCAUGUGGCCAUCCAUGUGGGGACACAUGUAGCGCGCCGUGCACCACUUCCUGCCGUGCCCGGGUCCCCUCCUCGCUAACAUGUCCCAAGAAACACCUCAUCAAAGUUCCCUGCUUUCGGCUCAAUAUGUCGGGAAAAGCAGCAUGGCGCUACUGCAUUGAGCCCUGCGGCACCCUGCUGGAGUGUGGCCACGUGUGUAGAGGGCAGUGUGGUCGCUGCCUCCACGGCCGGCUCCACACCGCCUGUGCUCACCAGUGUGGCAAGCCGCUCGUCUGUGGUCAUGUAUGUAAGGAAGACUGCAGCCAUGAGUGUCCGCCCUGCCAGGACCAGUGUCCGCUACGGUGUGUACACAGCAGGUGUAGCAGCAGGUGUGGUAAGCCGUGCAAGCCUUGCCAGGAGAGAUGCCUAAGGAAGUGUGAACAUCAGGAGUGCGGAAAUCUUUGUGGGGAGAAGUGUUCAAUUAGCCCAUGCAAGGAAGCUUGUCCUAAGAGGCUGGAAUGUGACCAUCCUUGCGUUGGGUUCUGUGGCGAGCCUUGCCCACCUCUGUGUCGCACCUGCAACAAUGAACAGCUUACUGAGAUAUUAUUUGGCUUUGAAGACGAGGAAAAUGCAAGGUUCGUGUGGCUGGAGGACUGUGGGCACACCAUAGAGGCUGAGGGCCUGGAGGCCUGGCUCUCUCAAGAAGGGGGAGAGGUGGGCAUGAAGAUGUGUCCUCGCUGCAAGAAACCCAUAUAUAAUAAUCGUCGCUUCUAUGAAUACUUACUAAAGGCUUAUGAAGAUGUUGAAGCAGUCAAGCUCAUGUACUUCAAGAAGAAGACGCACGUUAAUAAGGAGGAUAUUCUGAGGCUGUUAGAAGGUAGAUAUUGCUUCUAUAUUUUGUGUCACCUGUGGGGUGUGGCCUUGUGCCCCCUGUCGUCGAGGCUGCUGUGCUUCGGGGUCGCGCUUUUCCCCGCCGUGGGGCGGCCGGCCGAGGGCUCUUCUCGGGAGCCUCCUGCUGGUGGCGACAAUUCUGACUAUCAGCGACCUGUGUCGAAGCGUUCUCGGACGGCUAGGAGUGUGUCGCCCCCUCGUGAGUGGGCUGCAGAAUGUGAUGUUGAAGACUCAGAAGGUUCUUCCUCUGUGGAGUGCAAGGAUGGUGUGCAUGCUGGUUUUGAAUCAGUGCAGAUCACUGCAACAUUAGUGUUCCGUUCGGGAGUUGUUAACUUGGAAUGCGCCCCUGACACUGAGGCCCCUGACACUGAGGCCCCUGACACUGAGGCUACUGACAAUGGGGUUACUGACACUGGGGCUACUGACACUGAGGCCCCUGACACUGAGGCCUCUGACACUGAGGCUACUGACAAUGGGGUUACUGACACUGAGGCCCCUGACACUGAGGCCCCUAACACUGAGACCCCUGACACUGGGGCUACUGACACUGGCGCUACUGACACUGGGGCCCCUAACACUGAGGCUACUAACACUGGGGCUACUGACACUGAGGCCCCUGACACUGGGGCUACUGACAUUGAGGCCCCUGACACUAGGGCUACUGACACUGGUGCUACUGACACUGAGGCCCCUGACACUGGGGCUACUGACAAUGGUACUACUGACACUGAGGCCCCUGACACUGGGGCUACUGACACUGGUACUACUGACACUGAGGCCCCUGACACUGGGGUUACUGACGCUGAGGCCCCUGACACUGAGGCUACUGACACUGGUGCUACUGACACUGAGGCCCCUGACACUGAGGCCCCUGACACUGAGGCUACUGACACUGGUGCUACUGACACUGAGGCCCCUGACACUGGGGCUACUGACACUGAGGCCCCUGACACUGGGGCUACUGACACUGAGACCCCUGACAAUGGGGCUACUGACACUGAGGCCCCCUGGGCUGACACUGGGGCUACUGACACUGAAGCCCCUGACACUGAAGCCCCUGACACUGAGGCCUCUAACACUGAGGCCCCUGACACUGAGGCCCCUGACACUGUAACCACUGACACUGAAGCCCCUGACACUGAAGCCCCUGACACUGAGGCCUCUAACACUGAGGCCCCUGACACUGAGGCCCCUGACACUGCGGCUACUGAUACUGGGGUUACUGACACUGAGGCUACUGACACUGGGGCUACUGACACUGAGGCCCCUGACACUGAGGCUACUGACACUGGGGCUACUGACACUGAGGGUUACCGACACUGGGCUACUGACAUUGAGGCCCCUGACACUGAGGCUACUGACACUGGGGUUACUGACACUGGGGCUACUGACACUGGGGCUACUGACACUGAGGCCCCUGACACUGGGGCUACUAACACUGGGGAUACUGACACUGAGGCCACUGACACUGAGGCCCCUGACACUAAGGCCCCUGACACUGAGGCCCCUGACACUGAGGCAACUGACACUGAGGCCCCUGAAACUGAGGCCCCUGACACUGAGGCCCCUGACACUGAGGCCCCUGACACUGGGGCCCCUGACACUGAAGCCCCUGACACUGAAGCCCCUGACACUGCGGCCCCUGACACUGAAGCCCCUGACACUGAGGCCCCUGACACUGUGGCCACUGACACUGAAGCCCCUGACUCUGAGGGCCCUGACACUGAGGCCUCUAACACAGAGGCCCCUGACACUGAGGCCCCUGACACUGAGGCCCCUGACACUGAGGCUCCUGACACUGAGGCCCCUGACACUGAGCCCCUGACACUGAGGGCCCCUGACACCGAGGCCACUGACACUGAGGCCCCUGACACUGAGGCCCCUGACACUGAUGCCCCUGACACUGAGGCUCCUGACACUGAGGCCCCUAACACUGAAGCCCCUAACACUGAGGCCCCUGACACUGGGGCCACUGACACUGAGGCCCCUGACACUGAGGCCCCUGACACUGAAACUACUGACACUGAAGCCCCUAAAACUGAGGCCACUGACACUGAGGCCCCUGACACUGGGGCCCCUGACACUGAGGCUACUGACACUGGAGCUACUGACAUUGGGGCCACUGACACUGAGCCUACUGACACUGGGGCUACUGACACUGGGGCCCCUGACACUGAGGCUACUGACACUGGAGCUACUGACACUGAGGCCACUGACACUGAGGCCCCUGACACUAAGGCCCCUGAAACUGAGGCUACUGACAUUGAGGCUACUGACACUGAGGCCCCUGACACUGAGGCUCCUGACAUUGGGGCCCCUGACACUGGGGCCCCUGACACUGGGGCCCCUGACACUGAGGCUACUGACACUGAGGCCACUGACACUGAGGCCCCUGACACUGAGGCCCCUGACACUGAGGCUACUGACACUGGAGCUACUGACACUGAGACCCCUGACACUGGAGCUACUGACACUGAGGCCUCUGACACUGAGGCUACUGACACUGAGGCUACUGACACUGACACUGGGGCCACUGACACUGAGGCCCCUGACACUGAGGCUACUGACACUGGAGCUACUGACACUGGGGCCACUGACACUGAGGCUACUGUCACUGGGGCUACUGACACUGGGGCCCCUGACACUGAGGCUACUGACACUGGAGCUACUGACACUGGGGCCCGUGACACUGAGGCUACUGACACUGGAGCUACUGACACUGAGGCCACUGACACUGAGACCCCUGACACUGAGGCCCCUGACACUGAGGCUACUGACACUGAGGCUCCUGACACUGGGGCCCCUGACACUGAGGCCCCUGACACUGAGGCCCCUGACACUGGGGCCCCUGACACUGAGGCCCCUGACACUGAGGCCACUGACACUGAGGCCCCUGACACUGAGGCUACUGACACUGAGGCCCCUGACACUGAGGCCCCUGACACUGGGGCCACUGACACUGAGGCCCCUGACACUGAGGCCACUAACACUGAGGCCCCUGACACUGAGGCUACUGACACUGAGGCCACUGACACUGAGGCCCCUGACACUGAGGCCCCUGACACUGAGGCUACUGACACUGGAGCUACUGACACUGGGGCCACUGACACUGAGGCCCCUGACACUGAAGCUACUGACACUGAGGCUACUGACACUGGGGCUACUGACACUGAGGCCACUGACACUGGGCCCACUGACACUGAGGCCCCUGACACUGAGGCUACUGACACUGAGGCUACUGACACUGAGGCUACUGACACUGGAGCUACUGACACUGGAGCUACUGACACUGGGGCCCGUGACACUGAGGCUACUGACACUGAGGCUACUGACACUGAGGCUACUGACACUGGAGCUACUGACACUGGAGCUACUGACACUGGGGCCACUGACAUUGAGGCUACUGACACUGGGGCUACUGACACUGGGGCCACUGACACUGAGGCCCCUGACACUGAGGCUACUGACACUGGAGCUACUGACACUGGGGCCCGUGACACUGAGGCUACUGACACUGGGGCUACUGACACUGAGGCCACUGGCACUGGGGCCACUGACACUGAGGCCCCUGACACUGAGGCCCCUGACACUGAGGCUACUGACACUGGGGCUACUGACACUGGGGCCACUGACACUGAGGCCCCUGACACUGAGGCUACUGACACUGGAGCUACUGACACUGGGGCCCGUGACACUGAGGCUACUGACACUGGAGCUACUGACACUGAGGCCACUGACACUGGGGCCCCUGACACUGAGGCCCCUGAAACUGAGGCUACUGACACUGAGGCUACUGACACUGAGGCCCCUGACACUGGGGCCACUGACACUGAGGCCCCUGACACUGAGGCCACUAACACUGAGGCCCCUGACACUGAGGCUACUGACACUGAGGCCACUGACACUGAGGCCCCUGACACUGAGGCCCCUGACACUGAGGCUACUGACACUGGAGCUACUGACACUGGGGCCACUGACACUGAGGCCCCUGACACUGAAGCUACUGACACUGAGGCUACUGACACUGGGGCUACUGACACUGAGGCCACUGACACUGGGCCCACUGACACUGAGGCCCCUGACACUGAGGCUACUGACACUGAGGCUACUGACACUGAGGCUACUGACACUGGAGCUACUGACACUGGAGCUACUGACACUGGGGCCCGUGACACUGAGGCUACUGACACUGAGGCUACUGACACUGAGGCUACUGACACUGGAGCUACUGACACUGGAGCUACUGACACUGGGGCCACUGACAUUGAGGCUACUGACACUGGGGCUACUGACACUGGGGCCACUGACACUGAGGCCCCUGACACUGAGGCUACUGACACUGGAGCUGCUGACACUGGGGCCCGUGACACUGAGGCUACUGACACUGGGGCUACUGACACUGAGGCCACUGACACUGGGGCCACUGACACUGAGGCCCCUGACACUGAGGCCCCUGACACUGAGGCUACUGACACUGGGGCUACUGACACUGGGGCCACUGACACUGAGGCCCCUGACACUGAGGCUACUGACACUGGAGCUACUGACACUGGGGCCAGUGACACUGAGGCUACUGACACUGGAGCUACUGACACUGAGGCCACUGACACUGGGGCCCCUGACACUGAGGCCCCUGAAACUGAGGCUACUGACACUGAGGCUACUGACACUGAGGCCCCUGACACUGGGGCCCCUGACACUGAGGCCACUGACACUGGGCCCCCUGACACUGAGGUCCCUGAAACUGAGGCUACUGACACUGAGGCUACUGACACUGAAGCCCCUGACACUGGGGCCCCUGACACUGAAGCCCCUGACACUGGGGCCCCUGACACUGAGGCCCCUGAUACUGGGACCACUGAUACUGGGGCCUCUGAUAUAGAGGCCCCUGAUAUAGAGGCCCUUGAUAUAGAGGCCCCUUAUAUAGAGGCCCCUGAUAUAGAGGCCCCUGAUAUAGAGGUCCCUGAUAUAGAGGCCCUUGAUAUAGAGGCCCCUGAUAUAGACGCCCCUGAUAUAGAGGCCCCUGAUUUAGAGGUCCCUGAUAUAGAGGUCCCUGAUAUAGACGCCCCUGAUAUAGAGGCCCCUGAUAUAGAGGCUCCUGAUAUAGAGGUCCCUGAUAUAGAGGCCCUUUUUUGCAGGGAUAUUUCUGCGCGGGCCCUAAGCUUCUGUAUAGAGGCCCCUGAUAUAGAGGCCCCUGAUAUAGAUGCCACUGAUAUAGAGGCCAUUGAUAUAGAGGCCACUGAUAUAGAGGAAGCGGAUAUAGAGGCCACUGAUACUGAGGCCACACAAUGUUCAUAUUUGACGACACAGACAAGACUCCUUGAGUCCCCAGGAUAUGGGGCAGUUAAUACACAGUCCCCAGUUCUCGGAUACAACUUCAACUGGGUACUGAACUCCUCCCAGUACAUAUCCCAGAAGACAGCGAUGGCCCGAAAUUCUUUGUCGAGGCUCUUCCGCUUCAGACAAGCCCCAUCCCACAUCAAGCUCCACCUGUACAGAAUGAUCAUAAAGCCUAGCCUGGAGUACCCUUACGUCCCCCUGAACCUCACCAACAAAACCAACAUGCUGAAGAUCCAACGGGUACAAAAUAAAGCACUUCGCUUUGCGGCGGGCCUGUCGCUGGCGGACAGGGAAAGAAGAGACCAAAUCCAUGAGACACUCAACAUGAUGCCAAUGAACAUCAGGCUCAGCUACCUGGCCAGAAGGCAGCUGUACCGCAUGAAGCACAUGUAUGUCCAAGACCGCGAAGAUCCCUACGAAGCAGUUAACACCACCAGUACCACACUGGGGUCAGAGUUUACCACGGAGUUGAAGAAAUUGGAGACACUCGUGAAAACAUCAUUCAGGCAGCUUUGUGAUUCACAACUAACUCUCAUUCAGUUCCAAGUUCAAGUUUUAAAUAAAGCGAACUUGGUUCUCGAACAAACUCAAAAGAUUCCAGAGUACAACAACAGUCAGAUAUCAAAGAAAGUCAAAUUUGUGGUGAAGCGCGUCAUGCAACAGAAUCUCCGCAUAGCUCCACAGAUGAUGCAAGAAGUUACCUGUGAGCUUCAACGACUGUCAGUUCUGCCAGUCUUCUGGAGUCUAACAGAAAGAUAUACUCAGAUUCCAAAUGUGAGUCUAAGUUUUAUAUGCAGUGAAAUAUUGAUGCUGUUGGAGCCUACUGCCAAGUUUGACAGUGAAAGAGAAACAAAAAUCAGAGGCCUCUUGAAAGAGAGUGAAGAGUACAUCGGUGGACUUGGGAUCACCAAGCUGGAGAGACUGCAGGUAGUGAGAGCUAUGGGACUCAAGCAGGGACAUUGGUACAAGUGUCCUAAAGGUCACAUUUACUGUAUAACUGAAUGUGGAGGAGCCAUGGAAAAGAGCAAAUGUCCUGACUGUGGCUUAGCUAUUGGCGGUAGAAGUCAUCAACUUCUAGCUGACAAUGCACUAGCUUCAGAGAUGGAUGGGGCUCAGUACAGUGCGUGGUCAGAACAAAAUAACAUGGCAAAUUAUGAUAUUCCAGACAUGGAAUAGUUAUUCAAAAAAGGCAUUUGCAAAUUUUUCGUUAUAAUAAAAAAAUAGUUGCUUUCUAAUGUAUAUGUUAUACAACUAUGUCUUCUUGUCUGUCUGUCUGCCUAUGGUUCGAGGUCACACGCUUGUGGUUAGCCACACUCAACUUUGCAUCGAAAACGGUUUGAGGUACUGGACGAACAUCGGCUGGUUGGGGUCGGGUUAAGUUAGAUUCUUCAAGAAAUAUCUACCUCUUGGUGGUCAAGAGGCAGAUGGCACGUGGCACUUGGUACUCAAACACCAAGUGGUACAAGGGAGCACUUGAGACAAAGGUUAAAGUAGGAGCACAUUGAGCAACACAACCAUUACAAACGUCAAAUUUGAGACAGAGGAAGUG